AUGAAAUCAGCCGAGCUGGAGCGAACGAAUACGGCCUUACACGAGAUUCAAGCAGCUGGACUCGUUCGGUCCGAAUGUGGGAGUUGCCCUGUCCUCCAAGAAGAAAUCCAAGUCCUCCAAAGAAGGAUUAGAGCGCUCGAAACUACUGUCAGUAACGAGGUCAACCGAACCGAGGGACUUGAAGCCUCCCUCGCCGAGGCAGGCAACUCACUCCGCGUCAGCGAACAGUGCACUCGAGAAGCCGUCGAACAGCUGGACCAUGAGAGAGUUCAAUUCCAACUGGCCCUGCAGGAACAACAAAAGAGCCGGCUCGACCUUGAGCGGACAACAGAGGAUCGAGUCCGUGUCAUGAUUACGGAACGAGAAUCGAAAGGAGCCGAAGAAGUACUACUGGAACGGACUCGAGUCGAGGCCGAACGAGGUCAGUUAACUCUAGAGCGUGCAGCAAACGAAGAAGUCUUGGCGCGUAUCUUUGAAGGACUGGCGAACCAAGACGCUAUCAUGCGCCUCCUCGAGGAUGCUGAGGAACAAUUGCGCAGUGAUCGGGAAAAUCAUGAAGCUAUGUUAGCCCAAGCCUACGCCCAACUUGGACGUCAGUAA